AUCUAAAAACAUUACGAACCCCGUACUCGACAGUCGGUUGUGUACUGUGUAUCUCGGAAUCUCGGAUUGUUCUCGGAUCCAACAGUUGACAUUUUUAAACAAAAAAAGUAAUAUUACGUUUAAUUUUUAUUAAAAACUCAAAACAGAUCAAUUAGAGUACUAUUAAAUUUUUUAUAAAUAUAAUAUCAGUUCAUUUAUAGGUUUAUUUUGAUUGGAGGCAUAAUGAAGUGUUUCUAUGAAGUAUUGGAAGUGUCUCGCGAUGUCUCUGCUGAUGAUUUAAAGAAAUCUUAUAAAAAAUUAGCGUUGAGGUGGCAUCCUGAUAAAAAUCCAGAUAAUGUUGAAGAAGCUAAAGAACAGUUUCAAUUAAUUCAGCAAGCAUAUGAGGUUCUAGGUGAUCCGCGUGAACGACAGUGGUAUGACAACCACCGCGAAUAUAUUAUUAAUAGUGGUGAUACACCUGUUAAUGAGCUUAAUCUUUUUAAGUAUUUUUCACCUUCUUGUUACAAAGGCUUUGGUGAUGACGAUAAAGGAUUCUAUUCUGUAUACCGUGAGGUAUUUAACACUAUAUUGGUCGAAGAAAGUGUUUAUUUUGAAGUGGAUCCUGAUGAAAUUCCAACAUUUGGUCGGUCAGACAGUGACUAUGCUGAUAUUGUGCGACCAUUCUACAACUUUUGGUGUGGUUUUAACACACAUAAACCAUUUGGGUGGUUAGAUGAAUAUGACAUACGAAGUGCCCCUAACAGACGUGUAGUCAAAUUAAUGGAAAAAGAAAAUAAGAAGAUUCGUGAUAAAGCUAAGAAAGAACGUAAUGAUGAAAUACAAGCAUUGUUAGAGUUUGUACGUAAACGUGAUAAACGAUUAAAAGCAUAUGCAGAGACUCUUAAGUUAAAAUCAGCUGAAAACAGUAAACGAAUGGAAGAAGCUAGGCGUAAAAGAAUUAAAGAUAAACAAAAAGAAAUGGCCAAUUAUAAAGAAUCUGAUUGGUCUAAGUUUUCUAAUGUAGAAGAAGAGUUAAAGGUCAUUGAAGAAAGCCUUAUUGCUGAAUAUGGUGGUAGUAGUGACGAAGUUGAAUCAGAUGAUGAAAUGGCUAACUGUUUAUAUUGUGUGGCUUGUAAUAAAGUAUUUAAAACAGAAAAAGCAUUUCAAAACCAUGAGAAGUCUAAAAAGCAUAAAGAAAAUAUCGAACUUAUCAAAGUUGAGAUGUUGAAUGACGAACAAAUGUUGAAUAAUGAAGAACCUAUUAGUAACAAUAGUUCUUCUGAUGACAAGAGUCAAAGUCAGUCUGAUGAAGAAAGUGUUGUAGAUGAAGCUGAUUACUAUAGCUCAAAUAGCAACGCAGAGUCUUGCAAUAGUUUAAGUAGUGAAACUGAAGCAGUAGAAUUUACUACAAAUAAAAUAAACAAUAUUAAUCUAUUAAAUGUUCAGAAUGAUAUUGAAACAGAUGAUAUAUUAGAAGCUGAUUUAAGUAGUGAAGAAGAAACAGCAAAUAUAAAAAGAAAAUCUAGUAAAAAGAAAAAGAAAGAUUCACUGACAGUUGAUGAAGUAAAUGUAUUAUAUUGUUUGACAUGUGAUCAAUCUUUUAAAACUGAAAAAGCCUUGCAUAAUCAUCAGACAUCUAAAAAGCAUAAAGACAAUGUUGUAUUAAUAAGUGCUAAAAAAACUAAUGAUGAUGAUCAUAAUCCUAUUUCUGAUGAAACUGAUAAUUAUUCAGUGCCAGAAAUAGAAACUAAAAUAUCACCAAUAGAGGAUCAACCUCAAGCUGAAUCAACAACAGAAAAGUCAACGAAAAAUAAAAAAAAACCAAAAGUAGUUGAAACCCCCAAAAUUAAAAAGUCUAAUCAUGCUUGCGGUGUAUGCUCAUCAGUAUUUUCAUCAAAAAACAAACUACAUCAACAUUUAAAAGAUGCAAACCAUGCAGUUUUAAAAACAGUAGUUGUAAAUGAUCGAAAGUGUAAAAAAAAAGGAAAAUAAUUAUUACACAAUCACUUGUCUUAUUAUUAUUAUUAUUAUUAUUAUUUUGUCAUUUUGGUUGAUUAAUUAAAAACUUUAUAGUGUAUAUAUUACUUAUUUUUUAAAUUUUGUUUCAUAAACCUUUAUUUUUAUAACUAUAGAACAUAGGUUAUACCAAGUAGGUAUGUUUUAUUCUUAAUUUCAAUUAAGAAAAAUAAAUACAAUUCAGUAUUGAUAUAUUUAAUUAUUUAUUAAUUAUAAUAUCAAAAUAUCAGAUCGACCCCAAAGAGUUGGAAGGACCGCGGUGCCGUAAAAACCGGGUGUGCAGAGUGUACACUGCACAUGGGCCACAGGCCUCAUACUAUAUUUCAGAGCCUCAAAAAGAGAUUAUAAUAUGACCAUAGGUUAGGUUAGGACCAUACAGUCCUCUAGAUUUUGAUUUACACACAGGUCUCAAGUAGUUUAGUUAUGGUACUAGAGGACGGCAAAGAAGAAGAAUAUUAGAAUUUAUAUUAAUAGGUUUUUAUUACAAUUGAUAGAUACUUAUUAUGCAUGUACUGUAUAAUAGAUAUUGUAUUAUAGUGAUUAAAAAACAUGUACUUAA